GCCGGCGCCAGGCGCUGGGCAGCGGCGGCGCGGCUGGAUUGCUCGCCGCGACGGGUCGCCCCUCGCCGGCUCCUUGAGGCCACGGUCCCCCGCCGCGCCACCGCCUCUCCGCCAGCCCCGCCUCAGGGGCAGCCGACGUCAGUGAGCGUCGGAGCCGAGCCCCUCACCCUCCUUCGGCACAUGUGACCCGGCGCCGCCGUCGUCAGCGCGCUCGGACCCCCUCGCCAGCCGCUGGACAGCUGCUGCCGCCUCCUACUCAGCUCUGCCCGUGACCCCUCCGCUCCUUCUCCGAGAGCCGCGCAGCGCGAAGAUGGCGGCGUACAAAUUCCUGCUGCCGCCGCUCGGCCGCCGCAUCCUCCUUCCCGCCGCGCGGGCGUGGAGCGCUGAGGCUUUUGGAUGCUAUUUUUCUACCAGCUGUCAUCGCAACACCAAAUUUUAUACUGAUCCUGUCGAAGCUGUAAAAGAUAUACCCAAUGGGGCAACUAUACUUGUUGGUGGUUUUGGAUUGUGUGGGAUUCCUGAAAAUCUCAUCGGGGGUUUACUGAAGACUGGAGUAAAGGGUAUUACAGCAGUCAGUAACAAUGCAGGCGUUGACAAUUUUGGACUUGGUCUUCUGCUUCAGACUAAGCAGAUAAAACGCAUGGUAUCGUCGUAUGUUGGAGAGAAUGCUGAAUUUGAACGCCAGUAUUUAUCUGGUGAACUUGAAGUUGAGCUUACACCUCAGGGUACACUUGCUGAACGUAUUAGAGCUGGAGGAGCAGGAAUCCCAGCAUUUUACACCAGUACUGGCUAUGGGACACUGGUGCAGGAAGGAGGGGCACCUAUCAAAUACAAUUCAGAUGGCACCAUUGCCAUUGCUAGCCAGCCAAGAGAGGUGCGAGAGUUUGAUGGUCGUCACUUUAUUCUGGAAAAGUCCAUUACAGGAGACUUUGCUCUCGUGAAGGCGUGGAAGGCUGAUCGUGCAGGAAACAUCAUUUUCAGGAAAACUGCAAGAAACUUCAAUCAACCAAUGUGCAAAGCUGCCAAGACAACUGUGGUGGAGGUGGAAGAAAUUGUUGAUAUUGGAGCAUUUGCCCCAGAAGAUAUUCAUGUUCCCAAAAUCUAUGUUGAUCGCCUGAUACAGGGAGAGAAGUUCGAAAAGAGAAUUGAACGCUUAUCAAUCCGAAAGCCUGAAGACUCAAAAGCCAAACAAAAACCAGGAGACAAUGUGAGAGAGAGGAUCAUCAGACGGGCUGCUUUAGAGUUUGAGGAUGGCAUGUAUGCUAAUCUGGGUAUUGGAAUCCCGCUGUUGGCCAGUAACUUCAUCAGUCCAGACAUAACUGUUCACCUACAGAGUGAAAAUGGAGUCCUAGGUUUGGGUCCUUAUCCACUUGAAAGUGAAGUUGAUCCAGACCUGAUUAAUGCAGGUAAAGAGACAGUCACUGUUCUUCCUGGUUCUUCUUAUUUCUCUAGUGAUGAAUCAUUUGCAAUGAUAAGAGGAGGCCAUGUUGAUUUGACAAUGCUUGGAGCUAUGCAGGUGUCUAAGUAUGGUGACCUGGCCAACUGGAUGAUUCCUGGUAAAAUGGUGAAGGGAAUGGGAGGUGCCAUGGACCUGGUAUCCAGUGCCCAGACAAAAGUAGUUGUCACCAUGGAGCACUCAGCCAAGGGCAAUGUCCAUAAAAUCUUGGAAAAGUGCAAUUUACCACUUACUGGGAAGCAAUGUGUAAACCGCAUCAUUACGGAGAAGGCUGUGUUUGAUGUGGACAAGAAAAAGGGGCUCACCCUUGUGGAAAUCUGGGAAGGACUGUCAGUGGAUGAUAUCAAGAAAAGCACUGGCUGUGACUUCACAGUUUCGCCAAAACUGAUACCGAUGAGGCAGAUUUAAACCUGCAACACAGUCUGGGCUUGACUUGCUAGAAGGCUUGUUUCAAAAUGGAAGCUCAGUGAAGAGGAAUCUAUGACUGUUUUGCAGUUCUACUGUUUUUCUUAUUUUAUUUUUUUUUUAAUUUAAGGGCUUUGUAAGUAGUUUCCAGAUGGUUAAGCUCAGGCUGUGACUAUCAGCCUAAAUGGAAUUUUUCUUCCACAGCAUUACCGAUUUUAAUGGAAAUGUGAAUAUAUUCCCAAAAUUUCAAAUAAUGUUAUACUAAAAUGUUAGUGAACAUUGUCAGAAAAAAACGCCUUGUAGUCUCACUGCCAAAUAGUACAUUUUUUUACAGAGAUUCACAAAAUGACUGUGCAAACGUAAAAUUGCCUUUGCUUUUGCUGAUGUCAUUGAACUUACAGGUCACCCUGUUGUUCUGUAACUACAGCACUUACCAUGUUCUUUCUCUUCUAAAGGUGUGGGUUUUCUUCUGGAGUGGUGUAUAGCAAAUGCAUGCAGCUAAAAAGAGACAUCAGUCAUGUGGACUUCUCUUUUCCUAAACCUUUGAAUAAGUCUUUGACAAAACUUUUUAUAUCAAUGGAGACAGUUGGGGCCUUAGCCCUGAAUGUGUCUGCUGUUUCCACUGUGUUUGUCUGUUGCCAGUAAGACACCUACACCUCCCAAACUCCAACUCUGAUCCUUCUGUUUAAAUUGUACAAGCUAGAAUGGGGAUAGUUUGCAGGAGGAGGAUAAAACGUCUCUAUCCCCCUGCAGACAGUUGAUUAGCUGUACAGUUGUUCCAUAUGAACCCACUCUUACUCUGCAGUUAUAAUCCUUCUUCCAGCCUCCAUUCAAAGGCAAAUUAAGACUGUUUCUGGAGUGGGGUUUGUUCUUCCAGUGUUACACAGAGAAACAGGGGACAAGAAUGUUGAGAGAAUUUGGGAGAUUUCUUCAGAAGGGAAUACAACUGAAAGCAAAAACAAUAACUUUGCACCACUUGCUGAUCAGAGCAUCAGCUACAGGGUUUGGAACCCAAGCUCAUGAUAACUAGAAUGCAUACCAUGAGACAAUCAAAAGUGUGUCAUUCUCUCAUAUUGGUUCUGCCAUUUGAUAAAGAUCUUAUUUUCUCUGUUCUUAAUUACAAAACAACUGUUUUUGCAAAUCAGUAACAUAGUUAUGACUGCACUAGAUCUCAUGCCUUAUUACCACAAUGGAUCUUCAUUAUACAGAGUGUGAGUUGACUGCACAUAUACACUUACUAAAAUACAGUGGUAUUUCCAGGUAGAAUGGUUUCUGUCAUUCAUCUAAAUAGAACCACUUAAAGCCCUUCUGUGAAAAUAAUUCCUGACAUAUGUUUUAUGUUGGAACAGGAACAAAUCAAAUGACUAAAAAUAUGUAAAAAGUAUAUGCACAAAGAAAUAUGCCUUUCAUACAUGCAAUAAGCAGUGUUGGGAUAUGAUCAUAGAAUCAUUGAAUGGUUUGGGUCGGAAGGGACCUGUAAGAUGACCUAGUUCCAACCUCCCUGCUGUAGGCAGGGACACCUCCCUCCAGACGAGGUUGCUCACAGCCUCAUCCAGCCUGGCCUGGAAUACCUCCAAGGAGGGGACAUCCAUAACCUUGCUGGGCAGCCUGUUCCAGUGUCUCACCACUCUCACAGUAAAGAAUUUCUUCCUAAUAUCUGGUCUAAAUCUACCCUCCUCUAGUUUAAAAACAUUUCCCCUUGUCCUCUUGCUACUUGCCUUUAUAAAAAGUCCCUCCCCAUCUUUCCUGUAGGCUCCCUUCAGGUGCUGGAAGACCUCCAGGCUGAAGAGCCCCAGCUCUCUCAGGCUGUCCUCAUAGGGGAGGUGCUCUAGCCCUCUGAUCAACUGAUUGUGAUGUAGAAGGUCAUUCUAAUACUGUGUGGACAAACCAUUCAGUGCAUAUGUGGAAAGCAUAUAAUAAAUUUCUAGGGAACCAGAUAUGAAAUACUUGCAAUAUUUAGCUCUAGUACUAGCCUUUGGUCUGUAUUAGUAACCUUGUAUUGGAAAAAUGUAGUGCACUUCUCCCUUCUAAAGUGAGAAAUACUACCUUUCCAUAGGACAGUUAUAAAAUUAGACUUGACCCAUACAUGGGUUUUAUAGCAGUUAAACUGUUUUGAUUAGAGAUUACUUUUGUUUAGUUGUAUUUACCCUAAGCAGUUCUUUGAUAAUCUCUCAUUAAUACCAGAGUAUGUUCUUGUUCUUCACACAAAGGAAUAAACAAAAUACCUUUGUUAGCACCUUUAUGCUAAUACAAAAAUAGUCCUGUAAUAACUAAGUUGUAUGAUUUGAUGUAAUGUGUACCGGUGGGUGGCAGGCCACUGAAUAGCUUGAAUGUGUAGGCAAGACCAUAAUGCUGAGUCCGUGAGAAGAAAUGUCUCAUACAAAGACUAGACAUGUUCUAAUGUUCCACAGUUUACAAGUGAUUUCUUUAAUAGCUAAUUUGUAUGCAAGACAUGAAACUGCAUUAAUCAAAGUGUUCCAGAAAACCUUAAUCCAGGAUUAGUAUGCAUUUUUACAUAGCUUUAGUUUUCAUAUUUUCUCUGUUUACUCUCUGUGUUAUUCUCUCAUCUCAAUCAAGUAAUUUUCUUAAAGUUUGGCCAUUUCUACUUCUGUGGAACAAUCUAAGUUGCACACUGAAUUUUUGCUCACAGUGGUUUUGCAGGCUAAGUCUCUGUGUAACAAAAGGUGACUUUCAGCUCUAUUAAAAGAUUUUGGUUUCAGAUAGAGCAGCAGAGAGACCUCUGCCACACUCCAGAAAGACGUGUCAGUGACAGCUCUGACCCUUGUGGUGCAGCACACAGCAAAAGGUGUCUCGCCUUGCCUUCAGGCCCAAGGAUUGUGUGGAUAUGAUGUCUGAAGGUUGCUUUUUCAUUGUCAUUCAAAGCUUUCAUUGGGAGCACCCUGAACGGAUGCUGUUUUUGAAGGGUAUGUAAGAACUGUGUACAGGAGGGGAGGGUUAAUAGUAGUUUACCCAGAAAAAGAAGUAUUUAAAUAGCGGGAGGAGUGUUAAAUCCAGAAAUUGAAUGUUGAUCUGUUGCAGUUAUCUGUGUUACAGUAGUCAUUGAACUGAUUAGGUAAUUACAGCAUACAAUUAUUGGAAUAUAUAGUGUAUGGGAGAAGUGUCUGAGGGCAGCAUCAAGUUUAUGCUGCUUCCUCUGCAGAACUAUGCUUUGCUGGCAUACGCACAGAAGCCAUUAUUGUCUUUAAUAUGUGGCUUAUAAAAAGACUAAUGAUUGAUAAUGUCUGGGAGUUCAGGACUUCGGUUUCUGGCUCAAAGAAUUGUGAGCCAACAACUGCACUUCAGCUUUUCCAGUUCUCCACGUAUUGCCUUGAGAAUUGUCAUGUGUGCUCUCUGCCUUGUUUCCUCGAAAAGGGGAUGCUUUUCUUCCUCCCUUACAGGGAUGUUGUGAGGAAUAACUAGCUAAGAUCUGUGAAACAGGUUAUGUUUUCAGCUUGGAGGUUACCCUGGAUGAACAGUGUGGAAGAGUGAUUGAAGACUUUUUUACUUGAUGAAUAUUUGAUUUCUGUCUCUUAUUUGUAUCGAUGUAAUGCAAAAGAGCAAAGAUCAAUAUGGUGCUGAAGGCUGGGGAAUCGAGGAGAACAGGCGUUCUCAGUAUACACCAGAGGUGCAAAUAUCUGUAUGUCACAUGUGAAAUUUAUAUCUUGAGGUCAUUGUAUUGUGGUGGAAUACUGGUAUUAUGAAAAUGUCUUGCAUUUGCACAAGCUAAUUUCAACAAGCUGUGACUCCACUUUUUUUUCGCUGUGAUCUGUAAAGCUGGAUUAGAAAUUAAAAUGCUGUUAAGUGAUUUAAUUUUCUGUGGAUCCAAGUGUGGCUCAUAGCUAUACUCUUGAGCAGUAGUUGUGAUGAUCGGUAUUAGACAGAUGGCAAAUUCUCAUUCCACUUUCUCUUCCAUGGCUGUAAGAAAGCUGGUAUGCAUGAAUGUUUACUGAGGCAUCACUGAGGUUAUCAAUGCUUCACAGCAUUCGCAAGACAAGGACAGAUGAUGUUUUUUGUUCUGAAGAAGAUGGUGAUUCUACUGUUACCUAUGUUAGACUUACUUUAUUUCGUAUUUUAUUGGCUUUUAUCCCUGAAAAAGCAAAAAAUGAAUGAUGUAAAAUGUAGUUUUACUGUAAGCUCUGCAAACUAUACAUCAAAGUCCUUCUAUGUAUUUGCAAAACAAUCAAUAAAAUAAAGAUUAAAAAUCCCAGGUUA